GUUGAUUUGCUUUAUUCUGGGAUAUUUGCUUGAUAAUAAUGUAAGUAAUAUUUGUUUUGUAAUUUCUGAAGCCUGUUUUUCCUGCUAAACACCGUGUGUUUCUCCCAUAAACACAGGUAACCAUUUCACACGCUUAAUAGGAGUGCUUGGAAUUUUCCACCACGCACUUCAAGCUGUUACACAAGUCAUCGGCAUAAAUCAUCUAACCACUGUGGUCAUGUACAACUGGAGCGAAACACCAGAACAAAGAUCAGACCGGCAGAGACUUUACCAAUCAUCGGCACUCUUCUACAUUCUUAUCAUUUCUUUAGAAUAUUAUAAACUCUUUUCAAAAUUUAAAAAAAUCAUUUUGACUUCUUCAAUCUCUUGUAAGUCAUUUUAAAAUUUUUCCUUCCGAGCUUUCCAAACCUUCCGAACACCUCAAAAUCCUCUAAACUCUUUCUCCAUCGUUCUUCAUGUCUGGACGCAAAUAUACUUUAGGUUUCUCACCAACUUCUAAACUUUUCUAAAACCGCCACUAUUUCUUUUCCAAACUUUUCUUCUUCAACUGCUGGAGAAAUGCUCCAGGUUUCUCCAAGCUUUGAUUUCUCCAGCUUCAGUCCGGUGGAGUCGCAGAAAGCGAGCAGCUCAGAUGGCUGUCAAAGGCUUCGUUCUAGUUCCCUUUUUGAGACAUCAGAUUUGAUCGAGUGCCAAAAAAACUUCCUCAGACCUCGUUCCAGAUCCUUCUACACGUUUGAUCAAAAUGAAAACAACGAAGACCAGCAAGCUUUUCAGGCGGAUGCUGGGAAAGAAGACACCAGGGGAAACAUUCGCAUCAAACCGUCAUCAAAACGAUCCACAGCAGGACUAAACAAACACCUGAGUAAAGAUCAUGGAGGUACGAGAGGAAACGCUAAAAACAUCCCGAUGUUGACCAUCACAGAACCAGACAGCUGGGAGAUCAGCUCUUCUUCUGGCAUGAAAUACGGUCACUACGUGGACUGGGAGAAAAUCGACCCAGAAGCUGCCGGUCGCUUCCAGAAAGUUCUCUGCAGUGAUCAAUCCGAGCUGAAGGAAAUGGCUCGCUCGGGAUUCUGGGUGAUGCAACACACACUGCAGGCCAAAUCCUACCAACACCUCAUCCACCGCAUCGAGUGCACAUCCAGCGUUGACGACUCGGAGACGUAUCGCCGCCUGGCAGGCAGGAUGUUUGAGGAGCACGGAAGGAGCACGCAUCCUUUCCCCAGAUUCAUGAAAGACGGUGAGAUUCCUCGCUACUGCCUGAAUAAAUCUGGCCUGAACUCAGUGAAGAAGAUCCUCCUGUGUGUGAGUGAGACCUUCCCAGAGAUGACCUUUUGCCCCAUCUUGCCAGCUCUGGUGUCUCUGCUGCUUCACUACAGUGAAGACGAGGCUCAGUGCUUCCACAGCAUCUGCUCACUGGUGCGCUACACAGAUCCACAGAAGCGCUACAUCGAUCAGAACUUUGUUACCACCCACGCGUCCUGCAUGACCUUCGGCGACUUAGCCAACAAAUACUGCCGGGGAAUCCGUAAGCUAAUCGCAAGCUCCCAUCAGAACCUCUUCGAGUUCUACUCGGACUGGAUCAUGUGGAUUUUCGACGACAUGCCUUUCAGCUACGCCAUCCGAGUGCUGGACGUCUACCUGGUCGAGGGCUACAAGGUUCUGUACCGUGUGGCUUUAGCGCUCCUCAGCCUCUACAAGGUCUCGGUUAGUUCUCGAGUGGCCGAUGUAGAAGAUUUCAAGCAGGACAUGAAGAGGUUUGUGGAGAACGUGAGCCGUCAUAGUAGCGUUGAUGCUCUGCUUCAGAGAGCCUUCAGCAUCCAGCUGCCUACACGCGAGGAGCUGAACUUCCUCUACAACGCUAACAAACAGGCGCUAAUACGGAGAGGGAUCGAGCACAAGAGCUCUUAUCAGAGUGUGGAUUUGGAGUGUUUUGGCUCCAGUGUGGUGUCUGAGACGGAGAUGCGGGUGGUGUGGGCCUGGAUUCCUGAGCGCUUUUCUCUCUUCAGCCCUGAACGCCUCUACAGCACCGAGGAACAUGGCAGAAAUCUCACAGCGUUUUAUGCGUGCGUUGAAGGUCAUGAGCCAACGGUGCUGCUCCUGAAAACAGUGGACGAGGAGGUAUGUGGAGCGUUUUUGCCUUCAGACUGGACUCUGAGGAGGUGUGAGGGAGCAGAGCUGCAGUUUUUCGGCACUGGCGAGUGUUUCGUCUUCACACUGAGGCCAGCGAUGGAGCGAUACCAGAAAACUGUGCUGCACAUCUCAGGAACAACAGGAAGGAAGGAAUCCUCUACAGCUUCCUCUUCCUCAACUGCCACUUCCUGUGGUGUGAUCACAUCAUCCUGCUCCGCCUGCUCUGCUGUGACCCCUCACUUCAUGGGCGGAGAUGACAAGAUGUUGGUUAUCGGUGGAGACAAGGGACAUGCUCUGUGUCUCUGUACGGGUCUCACAGAGGGACAGUCUACAUACUGCGACACGUUCGACAGUCCUAUCCUCUGCAGGGGCAAAUUCAGGAUCCAGAGUCUGGAAGUUUGGGGAAUUCAGUAUGAUCCAUUUUAAAGCACGCACACUCACACACACACACACACACACACACACACACACACACACACACACACAUUUAUUCUGAUUGUGUUUUAUGAUCUGUGACGUUUGUAUGUAACUUAUUUAUCGAGCGUUUGUUUAUUCUCAUCAACAUGCAGUGGAGUGGAAAUACACCCAGCUAUUAUUAUUAUUAUCUGUGACAUAUGGAGCACAUGAAUCACUAGAACACUGAUUAUUUUGAUUUUUUUUCUCUUUUCUUUCAGACAUCUGAUUUCAUCAAUAAAACAAAUGCAAUUAUAUCAUCA